AUGGGCAAGAAUAUCAAUAGCUACGACUUAGUUCCACGAAUUCUGAGGUUUGACCAAGUAGACAGAGAAACCAGAGAUACUAUCAGUGAAACUCAGAUUGCAGUAUCAGACGAAGAUAUAGCGUCCAUUAGUCGACUAAAUAUGGAGCAAAAACUUGCAUUUGACAUAAUUACAGCUCAUGUAUACAAUGAUCACAAAGGAUCAUUCUUCUUAGAUAGACCAGGAGGAAGCGGCAAGACAUUUUUAUAUAAAGCUUUACUGGCUGCUAUCAUAUCAAAAGGUUUUAUAGCAUUGGCUACAACAUCAAGUGGAGUUGCAGCAUCAAUACUCCCUGGAGGACGGAUAGUGCAUUCAUGCUUCAAAAUACCAAUCAAUAUGGAUAUCAGCAAGAUGUGUACUGUUAGCAAACAAAGUGCAUUAGCAGCAUUACUUCGACAAGCGAAGCUAAUCAUUUGGGAUGAAGCUCCAAUGAUGCACAAAACAGGAAUCGAAUGCGUGGACAAACUAUUAAGAGACUUGACAGACACAGAUGAUCUUUUUGGAGGAGAUGGAAUAGAAUGUUUUGUCCACAACAACAAUAUUCAGAUUCCUAAAGACUUACUUGUGCCAUACAGUACUGAAGAGCAAUCACUCAACAAAUUAAUUCAUGCAGUAUUUCCAGACUUGAAGAGCUGCUCACACGAAGAUUAUUCAUGGACAAACCGAGCUAUUCUCACAACUAAAAACAACUUUGUCGAUGACAUAAACAAUGCAUUGAUAGAAGAAUUUUCAGACAGUACUUUUGAAUACAUUAGCAGGGAUAAAAUAGCGGACACUUCUCAGCAGGCUAUCCUAGAAGAUUUUGUUAGCAGCCUCACACCGAAUGGUUUCCCUCCACAUAAAAUACUCCUAAAGGCAAACGCUCCAACCAUGUUACUCAAAAACAUAGAUCCUCCGAAAGGCCUCUGUAACAGCACAAGGCUCAUAUGUAGAUCUUUACGACAAAAUAUAAUAGAGGCAGUCAUCAGCUGUGGUGAAUUUGCCGGAAAAGAAGUUUUCUUGCACAGAAUAUGCUUCAAAUCAGAUAGUGACCCUGACUGUCCAAUAGCUUUUGAAAGAAUGCAAUUUCCAAUUCGUUUAUGCUUCGCCAUGACAAUAAACAAAGCUCAGGGUCAGACUUUAGAUUGUGUUGGUAUUUACCUUUGUGAGCCAGUCUUCUCUCACGACCAACUCUAUGUAGCUCUUUCUCGAGCUAGAAACAGCAAUUCUGUCAAAAUCUUGAUCAAGCCUUCUCUUUCUGAUCUCACCUCAUAUGAUAUUACUCCUGACAUAGUUUAUAUUGAGAUUUUGGAGAUAGCACAGCUCUAA